UCUCACCAUGUCAUUUACUCCGCUGUUGAAAAUUUUACUAUCCGAGGCCGAAGACUCUCCUCCUAGUUGCUCUUGGUUUCUUAUGCUUUGUCUUACCCAAAGUCUUCUUUGCUUUUCUAGGUAACGGGUUCUUUUUCUACUUCCAGUUUUUCUUCUCCUUUCUUUAAUUUGUCUUCAUUUGAGAAUAAUGAUUCUCUUCACCACUCGUGUAUGGACUUUUCAUCUUCCUUUGAAAGCUUAAAUCAUGUUGAAGGUAUCCUCUUUACCGAGAAGGAGGAUGGAGAUAUAGAUCCUCUUUAUGAUAGUAAGUCUAAAGUGGUACUGAGGUUUGAAUGGGUUCAUCCUGAGGUAGCUACACACAAUUCUAGGUUUUGUGACCCUAGACUUUUAGAGAACUUCAUAAGCAUUGUAGAAAUAUCCUCCUUCCCUUCUAGGGACGAACCGUACCCUAUUAUGCUAGGACUUGUAAAACUGAUGCCUCUUAUACUCCAUAUUAUAUAUUUGCCUGUCAACCGUAUAGCAAACCGAAGCAAUUCUUUUACAUGUAUGAUUGUCUUUUUCGUGACCUCGGCAUUGUUCUUCCUUUCCAUCCUUUCUUCACCAGUAUUCUCCGAAUCCUAAAUGUAGCACCUACUCAAUUGCAUCCAAAUAGUUGGGCAUCCAUGCAAGCCUUUUGGAGUUUGUGCAAGUUUACCCAUGUGAAAGCGACAUUUAGUUUGUUUCUUUUUCAUUAUUAUUGUCGUCCGGCCGAACAGAUUAAGUGGGUCUCUUUAGCUCGAGUCCCUUCUCGGAGACUCUUGAAACCUUUCACCUCUUCUUAUAAAAAGUUCAAAGUGGGUUUUUUUAAGGUGUGUAUACAUCUGAGUGGUCAAUCUUACUUUUUUGAUAAUCAUAAUACUCCUUUGUUUCCUUUUUAUUGGACUCGGACUCCACUCCGAUAUGAUAUUCUUCCUCAUUCCUUCCUUACACCCGGGGAACUUUCUGACUUCUCAUUUUUGGAAAGUCUUCCACGUGACCUCCCAUGUCGACGACUUAUAGAUUUGCUUAAGUCUCCCAAUCCCAUUCGAGACCUUGAAGGUAUUAUGGCUUCUUUUGGUGCUAACAUCACUUCCUUCUGCCAAGUCCGAAAGGAACAUGCUAAGGUCGAGGCCGCUGCUGCUACUACUACUCCUUCACUUGGAGUUCACCCUGCUGAGCCUUUGGUGGAUGUAGUCCCUCAUCGGGUUGAGAAGAAGAAUCCUUCAAAAGACAAGGACAAGGGCCCUAAGCAUAGAACCACCGAACGCAUGGAAACCGAGGCCGAGGCUGGAAUGAGAGCUAAGAAACAAAAGCAUUUGACCCCUUACUUCAUCGGUCCAUGUACUUUGCCCCCUACAUUGACUUCGAGUCAUUUUCUAAAUCCGACAAUCAACACACGUGAAGUCUUAGGCCAAGGGUUUAUUUCCCCGGAAGGUCGUAACUUUUUAUCUCAAGAGAACUCGUUGACAAAGUGAUCUCUCUUGUAUGAGUUGAUGGGUCGUUCUAUGGCAAUAGCUCAAACUCUCUUCAUGGAACCGAUCACUGAGAUGGAUAAGCUUUGUACCAGUUUGAAGAAUUCGGAAGUUUCCCUUACUUCGGCUCUCAGCAAAAAUGAAGAGCUUUCUGCCGAACUUGACAAGCUUAAGGCCGAGCGCACGAAACUGCAUGGCUUGGUAAGCAAUUUUUAAGAGAAGUUAGGUGAGGCCGAAGCUUCGAAGGCCAAAGUGGUGGGGGAGUUCGAGGGACAACUUGAAGAGGUGACUGCUCAAAGAGACAAAGCUAUUUCCGAUUAUGCGUCCUACAAAAAUGUUGUCGAGGAGAGGAUUUACAAUGAACAUGAAGAGGGCUUUAAUCAUGCCGUUCGGCAGGCCAUUCGUUUCCUUGAUGUUCCCUCGAACUUUCAAUUUGACCUUGGAAAAGAUUUUUACAAGGGAAACUUCAUGGAUUUGAACGAUAUUCCUGAUGAGGCUACUACUGAAGAUGCCAAUACUCCUCCUCCCUCCUCCCUAGUUGCCGAGGACAAUGUUGCUCCAGCCGAUGUUGAUCCUGAUGCUUAAAUUCUUACUUCUUGAUGUUUGUUUAUUUUUUGCAUUUCUAUGACCUUUGACUUUUAUGUAAUCCGUCAGUGUGUUAUGAAUGAACAUCAAGUUUUGACGUU